AUGGCUAAUGUGAGACAUAUUCAAUAUGAAGAACUCCAGUCAGAAGAGGAUUGGCAAUAUUUUGUUGGCGAUGUAUUUGAAUCGGCUGAUUUGCAGUACGAAGCCUUUUCUAUGGUAGAAAAUGAGCCCUUGUAUGAUCCACAAAUUCAUUUGAAAUUCACUGAACCAGAUUUUGUUGUUUUAUUAAAUAAUAAUUUUCAACAGGUGAAAUAUAUAUCUACAGAUAGAAAUGACAAGUAUCCAUUGGCAUAUACUGCUCCCUUUCGUAUUCUAAGUGACGAAGGGUAUUCAGUGUUAAAAGCAAUAAUCAAACGAGAAUUUGUCAAUUGUCAAGGAGAUCUACGUCAGCCAAAUUAUAUUCAAUCUAUUGGCUAUAGAUCACAAUGGAUUAAAGAUUUUAAUCGAUGUCCCGUUGUUCGCGACUAUUUGUCAAAAUUAUGCGGAGAACCUUUAAUGGUAACUACCUUAAAGUCGACAUAUAGUCACACAAAUAUUGGCUUAGUUGAUCCGGAUAAGGGUGUGGAUCAAUGGCAUACAGACAGUGUUCCAUUUGUUAUUAUAAUUCUUACUUGUGACAUGACUAAUACGGUUGGCGGUGAACUUCAAUUGAUUGAGAGAGAAAAACAAGAAGCAUCAAAAUUAAUUUCACAAUAUAAUGGAAAUGUACCUGAUGAAUAUGUUAAAAAUAUUGAAUUUGAUGGACCAGGUUCAGUCAUUUUCAUGCAAGGCUGUGCAGUUCAACAUAGAGUUAAACCAGUUAUGGCAGGUACCGAACCUAGAAUCACGGUUGUUAAUUCUUACAUGUCAAGAAAUCCGUUUGCCAUAGAAAAAACUCGUUAUGAUACGUUCCGUAUGGAACCAACAACUAAUUAUGAGUUUACGCUGCAUAAAUCUUGGCGUGCUCGAGAACAACUAAAAGCAUUGCUGAUGUAUAAUAAGAAAUGGCCUACAAAAGAUGAAUUGAUUAAACGCUUAAACUUAGUCAUUAAAGAACUCGUUGACUGUCGAGAUUUGUUAGAUGGAACUGCGACAGAUGCUCUGGGAUACUAUAGUACUGACAGUAAACAAAUGAGAAUGUAUGAUGGAGAUUACAGAGUGGAAAAGAAAGUGUUAAAUCUUAAUGAAACCUAG